AUGUCUCACAUGCCCGGCCUGUUUGGGCUUAGCCCCGCAACUCAUCUCAAACAUUCUCAUUCUCCACGACUUCUUUUCUCUCCUCGCACUUCUCGGAUUACUCCGUAUCGACAUUCGUUUUGCAUUGGCGAAAUUACUGAUCCUGCGAUCGACAUCUCGACGCCCAGACGCUGCACCCCCGAGGUCCACAUCCUUUUGAUCGCCCUGAGAACCAAAUUGCUUGGCCUGAACAUCAAAUUCAUACCUGACCCCAUCCUAGACCUCUGUCGACAGGUCACAGGCCGUGUACCAUCAGCCUACUGCCAGCCCGGAGAAAAGCGUCUCACCGUGCACCCGGUCAUCCUCACCUUCAACAUGCGUUUCCUCUUCCUGAGUGUGAUCUGCACUCUCCUCUUGCUGGGAACACUAUCCUCUGCGUGGCCAUGGCGCCCCAACGGGCUUUUCCUCGGAGACUCUCUGGACAAGCGAGCAGACACCACCGACACGACCGCCGCCGAAACCUCCGAACAGACCACCGCAGCAUCCACUGCCUCGGAAACCGCCGCCGAGACUGCAUCUGAGACCGCGACCGGCACGGCGGACAAGAGCACCGGCACCAACACCGGCACAGCGACCGACGAGGAGACCGCCACAGGAAAGACCACCGCGACCGGCACCGGCACCAACACCAAGACAGGAACCGGCAAGACCACAGCCACCACCUCGAUCUCCAUUGACCCUGCUGCGGCAGCUGGUGGUGUGUCGAUGAUCACCCCCGCCUCUUCGUCGACCACCUACUACAAGAUCGGACAAGAUGUGACCUUUGUGUGGAACUACACAUCCCUCUCGGUCACUCCAUCUGCCGUCAAUGUCGUUGCCUCGUGCAGUCUGAACUCGCAGGCCUACACUCUGACCUCGAACAUGAGUGUUGAGCAGACCGGAUCCGUCGUCUGGGAUACUGGAAAGUACCAGAAGACCGCCACCAUCCCGCUGCUCACUGCUUCCUACACUCUGUUCAUCUACGACACUAGCAAGGAACUCGGCGAUACCGCGAGUGCAGGUUACCUGAGCUCGCAGAUUGGCUACUCCUUCGGCAUGUAUUCGCCUCAGCCUUACACUUCGCUUGGCUCUUUCGAAUGUGUCACUUGCAACGGCGCCCUAUCUGCCACAAGUCGCCAAGCCCUCAAGUUCACCUUCGGUAUGGCAGUGAUCACCUUUGCCUCCUUUACCUGGUUCGCAGGUAGUGCCGGUGUCUUCGCUACCUGA